CGCCGUCGGCCGCCGUCGCGCGUCGCUGGGCGGAGCGGGGUGAUCCGGCGAAGGGGGGGGGGGGGGGGGGGGGGAAGAUGGCGGAGGCGUCACCGCAGCCGGGACGGUUCUUCUGCCACUGCUGCUCGGCCGAGAUCGCCCCGCGCCUGCCCGACUAUAUUUGCCCCCGGUGUGAAUCUGGGUUUAUUGAAGAACUUCCUGAAGAGCCAAGGAACGCUGACAAUGAGACCAGCUCCUCUACAACAGCCAGUGACCAGAGCAGGCACCCUUUUGAGAACGUGGAUCAGCACUUAUUCACCUUGCCACAGGGCUACGGCCAGUUUGCCUUUGGCAUCUUUGAUGACACCUUUGAGUUCCCGUUCGGGUCCAACGUGCAGUCGGAGGACAACAGGGACUCGGAGAACCGGCGGGAGCGGGAGCACCAGUCGCGGCAUCGCUACGGCGCCAGGCAGCCGCGCGCCCGGCUCGCCACCCGCCGUGCUGCUGGCAGGCACGAGGGGGUCCCCACGCUCGAAGGAAUUAUCCAGCAGCUGGUCAAUGGAAUUAUUGCACCUACAACAAUACCAAACCUAGGACUAGGUCCUUGGGGGGUCUUGCAUUCGAACCCGAUGGACUACGCGUGGGGUGCCAACGGCUUGGAUGCCAUUAUUACACAGUUACUAAAUCAGUUUGAAAACACUGGACCGCCACCUGCGGACAAGGAGAAGAUCCAGGCCCUCCCCACCAUACAGAUCGCACAGGAGCACGUAGAUUCUGGGUUAGAGUGUCCUGUGUGUAAAGAAGACUACACAGUCGGGGAAAGCGUCCGACAGUUACCAUGCAAUCACCUAUUCCACAACAGCUGCAUAGUCCCGUGGCUGGAGCAGCACGACACGUGUCCUGUGUGCCGGAAGAGCCUAAGUGGACAAAACACUGCCACAAACCCCCCAGGACUCACAGGGAUGAACUUCUCCUCCUCUUCCUCCUCCUCUUCCUCCAGUUCACCAAGUAACGAAAACUCAUCGAACAACUCAUGAAUCUUCCUCCAAACCCCCCUGUCCCCGGGGCCCUUUGUCCUUUCCCCCCCCUUCCCCAGCCAUCGACCGGGGCUUCCAAAGCAGAGCGAGGGGCAGGCGUGCGGACGGGGUGGGGAGGCAGUGCCCCAGGUUCCCUUUCCAGUUCCGAAGGCACGGAGACUCUGGCUCCUUCAGAGACGAGAAGCCUCAAGUCCUGUGAUGGGGGGAAGGAGCUCUGUCAGUUAAUAAACCAUCCCUUUGGUGCAUGGACUUUGAGCAGUGCCCAGCUCCCUGGCCGGGCCCCCCCCCCCAGGCGCUGAGCUCGCGGUUGUGAUUCCCAAUGGAAAGGUUGUUCGUAUGGAUUUAAGAUUCCUUCCUUUCCCUUCCUUUCUUUUGCUCCUCCUCCCCUUGGAUCCUCUCCCUUACUGCUUUGAAGUCUUUAAAAUGAAAGCAUCACGAUGCUGCCUCCCCCCAGCAGCCCCAGCUGGGGACGGCCGAUAGUUGUCACUGAAUGAGUGAACUCAUGACUUAGUCCCCGUUAUCCCGCCCGGCCCCAGCUCCAAUCCCACUUAUUUUUUUUCUUUAUAACCUCGCCCUUCUGAUACUCAACACUGAAAAAGGGGUUUUUAUAAUUCUAAAUUAUUACUGCUGUCAAAUAAAGAGACGUUUCAGCUCA